UUUUUCUAAGCGGAUAUCGUCGACUGUAAUUUCCGUGUGUCACAUUAUUUUCAUUCCGCAAAAUGGCGAACCUAGCUGCUGCCGUUGUUGCUGCCGCAGGCAGAGAUCCAGCGGUUGAUCGCUCUCUGCGUUCAGUAUUUGUGGGAAACAUCCCAUAUGAAGCUACAGAGGAGCAGCUGAAGGAUAUUUUCUCUGAAGUUGGGCUUGUGGUCAGCUUCAGGUUAGUGUAUGACAGGGAAACGGGAAAGCCAAAGGGAUAUGGCUUCUGUGAGUAUCAAGACCAGGAGACGGCCCUCAGUGCCAUGCGGAACCUGAACGGAAGAGAAUUCAGCGGCAGAGCUCUCCGCGUUGACAAUGCAGCCAGCGAGAAGAACAAAGAGGAGCUCAAGAGUUUGGGAACAGGAGCCCCCAUCAUUGAGUCUCCCUAUGGGGACAACAUCCAACCUGAUGAGGCUCCAGAGUCCAUCAGCAGAGCUGUGGCCAGUCUGCCUCCAGAGCAGAUGUUUGAGCUCAUGAAACAGAUGAAGCUGUGUGUGCAAAACAGUCCGCAGGAGGCCAGGAACAUGCUGCUGCAGAACCCUCAGCUGGCCUUCGCCCUGCUGCAGGCCCAGGUGGUCAUGAGGAUCGUUGACCCAGAGAUUGCCCUGAAAAUGCUCCACCGUCAAACCCCCGUCCAGCCUCUGAUCACCAGCAGUAGCCAGGGUGGAGCUGGGCCACCACCGAACCAGCCACCUCCCCAGCCCAACGCCCCCAUCUCCCAACCACAGCCUAUGCCGGGCAUGCAUAUGAACGGAGCUCCCCAGAUGAUGCAGGGACCUCCUAUGGGUGGAGCUCCUGGACCCAUGCCUGGACCGGGCCCUGUGGGACCUGCAGGUGGGAUACAGCCACCGAUGGGGAUUCCUCAAGGUGGCCCAGUUCCUAUGGAUAGGGGACAAGGAAACCUCCAGCAUUCACCUACAGGAUCGUCUGGGCAGGCUGCUGUCGAGCGGCCUCAAGGGCCAGGCGGCAUCCCCCCCAGGGGCCUGCUGGGGGACGGCCCCAACGAUCCCCGAGGAGGGACCCUGCUGACGGUCACAGGGGACGUGGUGGAGCCUAGUCGGGGGUUCAUAAGUGCACCCCCACCCCACCAGGGCCCACCCAUGCACAUGGGCCAAAUGGGAGGUGGGCCCCCCCAAGACAUGAGAGGACCGCCCCACGACAUGAGAGGACCCCCCAUGGGUGAACCCCGCGGCAUGAUGGGAGACCCCCGAGGGCCCAUGAUGGAGCCCAGGGGACCCCCCAUGGAGACCAGAGGUCGUGACCCCAGAGCCGUAGACACUCGUGGGCCUCCUGUUUCAGGACAAAGGGUUCCCAUGCCAACUGGAAUGCCGGGUCCUGUCUCCCACUCAAUGGGUCCUAAUGCCCCUCCUUCUGCCAGACCGGGUCCUGGUGUCUCUGGUGGUCCCCAGUCUGGAGGAGGCUUCAGCCCUGGCCAGAGCCAGGUCACAUCGCAGGACCAUGAGAAGGCUGCCCUGAUCAUGCAGGUUCUGCAGCUGACCCCAGAACAGAUUGCCAUGCUGCCCCCAGAGCAGAGGCAGAGCAUUCUCAUCCUCAAAGAGCAGAUCCAGAAGACCGCUGGGGCGCCAUGAAGCUCCUUCCCUCACGCCCACACACACGACACGAGCACACCUCAAGGAGUGGCACGCUUCGACCUCUCUUUCCUCCCCUUCAGAGCGCUACAAAGACAUCUCCACAGCUUAGUUUGGAAUAUUUUGUUGACUGUUUUGUAUUACCAUUUUUUACGUGGAAGGUUGACCCCAGUGUUUUUGAAUUAAGCGUUUAUGUCACUCCCUUUCAUCAGGGGACAAUGUGUGGAAAUUCAAGAGGGUGGUUUCAUACUGCAUUUCCCUUACUUUCAUUUGUCAGCACUGGAAUCAGUUUCAUGUCUGGAUGUUUGUUUGUCAAUAAAAGAGAUGGAUUCAUUUUACCCACACACUUUAAA